AAAUGGAUUGAGACAUAAAGCAGGAGGUUUUGGGGGUACGAAGGAGUAAGGAAGCAACUGCUGAGUGGUUGACACGUGUCAAUAUAACAGCCGACAGAUGGGAAUGUUAUUUGUGUGUGAACCAUAGGAUGAAGAGAGCAACACAAGUAAGUAAUAGUGAGAGAAAAAGAACACUAGCUAAGUACUAAAAGCAGAAAACACUUUACAACAACCGAUCGAUUUUUAAGUGUGAGUUUUAUAGAGAGAGAAUGCUACUGGGGAGGCUCUGUAAUUAGUGUGUGUAUGUGUUUUGCAGAACGGAAAGAGUAUAGAGAGAGAAGGAGAGAGACGUUUGCUGCUUUUUUGGCCAUGGCGGCGUUGCAGAGAGUUGUAUGUCUACCUCUUUAAUGCUCCCAAAACACAAGCCACAUAAUACAAGCCUAAAAAGUAAACUUCAAAGGACUACACUUCUUCCUUCUUUUUCUUUUGAUUUAUCUCUAUCUACAAAAGUCUUCUCCCUUCCUCAACUUUGUCUGUCCAAGAAAAUUUAACAUAAAAGCUGCAACUUUUAUCUAUCCAAAUGCUCUCUUCCACUCACUGUUCCUGUCACGCGCUUAUAUAGUACAGACAAUAACUGUAUUUCUCUUUCUUUUUUUUUUUUAUAAAAAACUUAUUUUUAUUCUUUUCUUUUAUUAUACUCACAAAUCAAGAAAAAGUGAAGGGGGAGGUACCUACCCAUAUCAUUCUUGGGUCAUAAUCAAAGCCAGUGUUCGUGAUCUGCUAUGGAUUGUCAGUCACAAUUGAAUUUUGGAAAAGGUUUAAAGGAGGAAACGAAAUGGCUGGCUUCUUUUCACUAGGUGGUGGAACAGCAAGUAGCAGCCAAGACCAGCAGCCUCAUCAAGACACCACCAAUAAUCCUACUACUGAAAUUGCUCCAGAAAAUAAUUGGUUCUUGUACAGAAAUGAUCAUCAAGAGUUGCCCACAUCAUACAGAGGCUUCGAGUUAUGGCAAACUAGUAAUUCCCAGCCCCCGAUUCGCCACCCAAUUAAUCCGCUUCAAGAUCUUUAUCCGACAGCGGCUGUCGGAUUAGGUAUUGGGCCGAGCCACAGCGGAUUUACUGGUGUGGCUCGGCCCGAUCACGAACCUCCUUCGGGAGGAGGAUCGGGUUUGGUGAUGAUGAGGAGUGGGGGAGGGGGAAUUAGCUGCCAGGAUUGUGGGAACCAAGCGAAAAAAGAUUGUCAACACAUGAGAUGUAGGACUUGUUGCAAGAGCCGAGGCUUUCAGUGCCAAACCCAUGUGAGAAGCACUUGGGUUCCAGCCGCUAAAAGGAGGGAAAGGCAACAACAACUGUCUACUUUACAGCACCAGCAACAAGAAGAACAACAACAGCAGCAGCAGCAAACGCUGCAGCUGCACAGAGAUAACCCCAAAAGGCAAAGAGAGGAUCCAAGUGCUUCCUCUCUUGUUUGCACUCGUAUAUUACCUUCCAGUACUUCUGGGUUAGAAGUGGGAAAUUUUCCAGCAAAAGUAACUUCAAAUGCCGUAUUCCACUGCGUUCGAAUGAGCUCCGUUGACGAUGCCGAGGAUCAAUUCGCAUAUCAAACCGCUGUUAACAUUGGUGGCCACGUAUUUAAGGGAAUUCUAUAUGAUCAAGGUCCGGAAAAUCAGUACAUGGCUGCUGGUGAAAGCUCGUCCGGUGGUGGAAGUGCUAGUCACCAGCAUAACCUUAUUGGUCCUGCAGGCACCGCAACAUCAGCUGCUACAAGUGGUGGUGGCGGCGGUGCAGCUGCAGCACCCGAAGCAUCGCCUUAUCUGGAUCCUUCAUUAUACCCAGCUCCUCUCAACACUUUCAUGGCUGGGUAGGGAAAAGAAUUACAAGAUGGAUGAAUCGAACUCUCAGUGAAAGUUUAAAUAGCCGAUACAUAAAUUGAAACGUUACUUCGUGGUAUGUUCUACAUAUAAUUUCCACUUAGAAGCAUUUUAAUCUCCUUAGUAAUCCUUACACAACUAACGAGAAAUAUGAGUAACUUUCCUUUAUAUAUAUAUCACAUGUGUCAUGUAAAUUCUUUUUUUUCUUCUGAAGUAGAGGGGAAGAGAAGGCUCAACAGGAGUAACUUUGGAGUAUAUAGGGAGAGAGAAAGCGCGCUAGGACGUAGUUAGGGAAAUGAGCUUACUAUAUGGUUAUGAUACCAUAGUUUUGGCCAUGGUACCUCAACUUAUAUUAGUAGCUUGAUGUGGGUUGAAUUGAUAGAGAAGUUUAGUGGAUAUGACAUGAAAGAAUCUGAGCAUAAAUUUCAAGGCAAUUGGUGGAGCAACCCAAUGCCG